AUGUUGAGCAACAAACCUGUUGAAGAAAAGCCUAAAUCACCACUGACUAACACAGACUCGUGGAUUCGAUCGGCAAUACCACAUUUACCACUUGGGGUUGCUGUAUUAUGUCUUCUGCUAAAUAUUAUAAUUCCUGGAUCAGGUACAAUGUUAAGCGGUGUAGCUAUAUUAUGCUGUGGUAGACCGAGAGUAAACAGUAAAGAUGAUCAUGUGAUAGUGACAAUAUGUGUUAAUGUGUGGGUCGGAUUUGCCCAAUUAUUUACCAUUACGUUUUUAUUAGUUGGCUGGUUUUGGAGUUUGGCCUGGGGUAUCAGGAUGAUAAUUUUAGCCGGUAAGUAA